AUGGGGUGGCAGCAGCAGCAGCUGCAGCAGCAGCUGCAGCAGCAACAGCUGCAACAGCAACAGCUACAGCAGCAACAACAGUUGCAGCAGCAACAACAACACCUGCAGCAGCAGCAGCAGCAGCAGCAGCAUCCGCACCAGCAAGCCUGGCUUCCUGAGCAGCAGUGGCAGAGUCAGCAGCAGCAGCUGCAGCAGCAGCAACUGCAGCAGCAACAGCUGCUGCUGCAGCAGCAGCAGCAGCAGCACCCGCAUCCUCCUCUUGCUGGUCUUGCUUCAUGGCAGCAGCAGCAGGGGGUGCCGCUGCAGCAGCAGCAGCAACUGCAGCAGCAGCAGCAAUUGCUGCAGCAGCAGCAGAACCCUCCUCUGGCUCACCAGCAGCAGCAGCGUUCGUUGCCCCUGCAGCAGGCGGAUUUCCAGCAGCAGCAGCAGCUGCAGCAGCAGCAGCUGCAGCAGCAACAGCUGCAGCAGCAACAACUGCAGCAGCAACCUGCACUGCAGCAGCAACAGCUGCAGCAGCAGCAACUGCAGCAGCAAAGGCUGCCGUCAGAUGACUCUUCGAUUCCUGCUGCACCGAGGCAUCUGCAGCAGCAGCAGCAGCAGCAGCAGCAGCAGCAGCAGCAACUGCAACUGCAGCAGCAGCAGCAACUGGAGCAACAGCAAAGGCAGCAGCAGCAAAUGCAGCAGCAACAAAUGCAGCAGCAACGCCAACAGCAGCUGCAGCAGCAGCCACAGCAGCAGCCGCAGCAGCACCCGAAGCAGGAACAGCAGCAGCAGCAGCAGCAACACCAACAGCAGCAGCAGCAGCAUCAGCAGCAACUAAAGCAGCAGCAAGCAUCCCGUAGGCCAUCUGAGCCCCCCCUAGAUGCAGGCGCGGCUCCCGCAGCAGCAGCAGCAGCAGCAGCAGCAGCAGGAACAGCAGCAGGAGCAGCAGCAGCAGGGAGCCCUUGCAGGGCGGCUGCUGGGGGGGUGUCUGGGCCUCCUCUUUCUGAUUCACGCAGCAGCAGCAGCAGCAGCAGCAGCAGCAACAACAGCAGCAGCAGCAGCAGCAGCAGCAGGGGAGGGGUAGAGGUUGUGCCGCUGCUGCAUCAGCUGCUGCAGCAGCUGCUGCAGCAGGUUGGCUGCGAGGCGCAGCAGGAGCCGCAGGACCUGCAGCGUUUAUCUCGCUUAGCUAACACAAUAACUUUUGGUAGUGCAGCAGGAGACUUGCUGCGGCAGCAUCGCUUGCAUGCAGCAGCAAGAGCAGCAUUAGAUGAAGACAGCGACGUAGCUGCUGCUGCUGCUGCUGCUGCUGCUGCUGCUGCAGCAGCAGCAGCACUACCGGGGCCCCCCACCGCGGGGGCCCCCACACCCUUCGGCCGCAAAAAUAUUUUAGGAAACACACCGGGGGGCCUCCCCCCCUACCUGCCUGAGGAUGUAAACGCAUGCACGCUGAUGCCUCCUUGGGCUCUUACUCUUACUAACAAACCCGGGGGGCCCCCCUGGGGGGCCCCCCGGGGGCCCCCCAGGGGGGGCCCGUACCCUGGCCUCAGACACUGCCGGGGGGCCCCCUUCAGGGGGCAAAGCUCUAGGGGGCCCCCAAGGGGGGCACCAUGA